AUCGCAACCACACUCGCUGGGUCUUCCUGAAGAACGGAGGGAAACAUAUGCAGGCACCGGAAAAAGGGGGAAAGGGAAAAGAGAGAGGAGGAAAAAGAGGGAAAGUUGAAUCCAGCGGAUGAGCACAGGUGCAUACUGGCAAGCUCCAGACAGAGAUGUUGGAGGUCCUACCUGUAAGCCGUAGCGUCCACUGAGGCGAGCUGGAAUGACUUGGGUGAACAGAAGCGCACUGGAAACCCACUGUGGACUGCUCACUAGGAGCCGUCUGUGAUCCCCCCCCCAUACACACACACACACACACACACACACAUACCUGUCUUGCUGCUAAACCGUUAACUGGCUUCCCAAAGAGCAUGAUUGCCUUGGCUCUCACUGGCUGAUGGAUACAGGAUCACAGAAAAAGUGUCCUGGUGUUGGAAACUAGACCGGGGAAGAUAUAUACUCUGUCUUGUACACAAGUCCCAGAGAAACCGUGAAUGAGUGCGAAACAGAGAGAUCCUGUGGCAAAGAAUCACUGCUCCAUCCUGUCCUCUCCUCUCAGGGCAUGGCCCAGGUCCAAGAUGGACACACAAAAGAAUGUGACAGUCCUGCAAUGUUAGAGGAGAGUCAGGAUGGCAUGGACAGUGGUAGCCUGACGUCUGGCAUAGCUCGACAGGUCUGCAUCCAGCGCCACCCGAUCCACGGCUUUGGCUUCAUUGCCGGCAGCGAACGGCCUGUCAUUGUACGCUCUGUCUCUGCGGACGGACCAUCUGACGGCAAGCUCUUUGCUGGUGAUCAGAUCCUUGUCAUCAAUGAGGAAAACGUCAGUGACGCACCUAGGGAGAGAGUCAUAGACCUUGUAAGGAACUGCAACGAUUCAAUAGUUCUCACUGUAUUGCAGCCCCUACAGUCGCCUAAAUCUGCCUUCAUAAGUGCAGCCAAGAAAGCUCGCCUGCGAACCAAUCCCCCCAAAGUGCGCUUUUCUGAGCAAGUGUCCAUCAGUGACCCAGACUCAACCAUGCUUAAGGACGACUCGUUACUACUUAUACCCAACGUGUUGAAGGUGUUUCUGGAGAACGGGCAAAUCAAGUCCUUCACGUUUGACAGCCGCACCACGGUCAGGGAUGUCAUAUCAUCGCUACAAGACCGCCUUUCUUUACGCUACAUCGAGCACUUUGCUCUGGUUUUGGAGUCCGGAGGACUCGAACACAAACAGAGACUGCACUUGCUGCAGGAAAGCCAACCUCUCUCUCAUGUUGUACAUAGAACCUAUUUCCAGGGGAUGCGUUGUCUAUUCCGGAUCUGCUUCUUCCCCAAAGACCCAGCUGACUUACUGAGGAGGGAUCCUGCUGCAUUUGAGUACCUGUACAUUCAGAGUCGCAAUGAUGUCAUCAAGGAACGGUUUGGAAUGGACUGGAAAUCUGAUGUGACACUUAAGCUGGCAGCACUCCACAUUUACAUCACGGUGUCAGUAGCGAGACCCAAUCAGAAGAUCUCUCUCAAGCAUGUAGAAAAAGAAUGGGGUCUGGAACCUUUCCUUCCUCUUACCUUGUUGCCAACUGUCAAGGAGAAGAAUGUCUGCAAGAGCCUUUCUCAACUUCUCAAGACUUAUCAGCACCCUCCACCUGCUGGCAAUAAGGUGCCCCCUCUUCAAGGAAAGUUACAGUACAUACGUGUGCUAAAUGACCUUCCACCCUUUGGAGGCUUGUUAUUUCAUACAGUUGGACUGGAUGAAAAACAUACAGCCACUACACUGUUGGUAGGGCCGAGACAUGGCAUCAGUCAUGUCAUUGAUCUGAAAAAUAACCUCACAACAGUCUUGGCUGAAUUCAGCCGUGUAGCAAAGGUGCAGCUGUUCCGGGAGCACCAAGGGGUAGCCCGUGUAGAAGUGGCUAUUCUUGAGGCUAAGCCCCUGGUCUUGCUGAUGGAGUGGCCAGAUGCAUCAAACUUUGCCUGUUUGAUUUCUGGGUAUUACAAGCUCUUUGUGGAUCCCAAAAGGACCAUCUACUACAGGACACCUGGUCAAUCUCAUAUGAUCAAGGCAGAUUUCAGAAGCCCCCAUCCUCAUUCCCGCUCAGUGUCAAGUAGCAGUCGACGUGAAGAGAGGGAUGGUUUGUCCAGAGAGGCAUCACAGAAAACAUCAGCACCACCACCACCAUCACAACACCUUGGCCUCUGUCACAUACAUUUGAAAGAGCAGCAGCAGCUACAGGAGCUCCAACUGCAAGCAGAGGAACAGCUGGAUAUUAAUGAGAACUUCAUUUCCAAGUCACAGAACCGUUCACGUGCCAAGUCCGAUCCCACCCUCAAAAGCACUGAAUCAGUGGCUGGUCCAGAGAGCCCAACUCAGGACAGCUCAGGCUUCAGAGGCAGGGCCAAAACAAUGGAGAAUUCAAAGCGCACAGGGAGAUUCUUCUGUGACUCUUGCAAGGCAAAGCUUAAGGCAGGGGGUGUGAUAACAGAAAAAGGCACAUCUGGGAAACAGGCUUUGCAGUGUGCCUCCUGUGAAGGUGGAGCUGUUGAUCUCAUGGCUCUUCCUCCUCCUGGCAGUGAGGAGGAUGAAGAGAUUGAGGAUGGAGGAGGGAAGCUGCAACCUCCUCCUCCCGCAAUAGCAGCACCACCUCCAGGGUUUCGAGAUAACAGCUCCGAUGAGGAUGAUGCUAAGAAGAAUCGUAAGGCUGCUCCUACAACUGGUGCUAUCGCAGCGGCAGCACCUCUAGCAGAUACCCAAGAGAAAGUACCGGUCACAUUAAUUGAUAAUGUGGCCCCGAGGACAGUGCGAGACCAUGCUCAGGAGCUAGAUGAUGCUUUAGUGUCCACUCUGCAGGCACUGGAAGCACUAGCUGCAUCAGAGGACUACCCUCAUCAUCAGCAGCAGACUCCCCAGACAGCAGGGUUGAUUGUUCUGGCAGCCAUUACUCCAGAGUCUUCACUUGACUCUGGACAUGAGACCAACUCAUCAGAGCUAACUGAUGUGUCCGAAAUGGUUUCUGCCAUGAAGCACCAUCAAAAUCAGGCCUACCUUUUGGCCCACCACAUUAACAAGGAGCGCAUAUUUAGUCGCCGUGACUUCCCUUUGACAAUUCCAGGCUGUACAACACAAGCAAUUGGAGGAGGGGCUUUUUCUAUGAGUCAAAUUCGUGGUGGUUGUCCACCUAGGUCUGUGAUCCUCAGUAAAACUGUGCCCUUGAAGGUCAGUCCUAGUCAAGGGACUGCACCCUCUAGAGCUCCUAUGGAGCCAGCUAAGACCGAAGACAUGUUAAAGAAUGAACAAGAUUCAGAUAAAACUAAAGAGUGCACUAUAGAACAUGUGCCGCCGGCAGGAGAGGAGCUAAAAUCUCCUGAACAGGAGGACACUUCUGAAGUCAAAAAAGAGGAGAGAUUAUCAUAUUCUAAAGAAGGUAAACUAAGCUCUAAUAUCUCUGAAAGUAUCAAGGAGAAAAGCCCUAGCCACGCAACCCCAGAAACUACCAGUAAAGCCUUACCUAUUCCUUUGCCUGUGGACAAAAAUACUUCUGCCAAGAUUUCCCAAACAAAGAUAUGCCAAGAUGCUGAGAUUGCCUCAAGUGAGACCGAUAAGCCUUCAAGUUCAAAGGGUCUACUGCCAGUUGAUGAUUUGUUCUGCACAUGUCCAGUUCGAUCAGAACCAGGGCAACAACUGCGACUGAAAGAUGCACCGACCCAAAAGGUGGUGCUGCACUCAUCCUCUCCCACUGAUGAUGAGCGACUCUGUGCCAAAGGACCUCCAUCAUCUAGCAACAAAGACAGCACAGCUAGGACCACUGAUAUAAACUUAGCUAAGCCUAAAGCCCUCCCCCCAGGAAAGUAUUCCCCGGUGGUGCCUGUGAAAAUGGAAGGGAAAGAUGUACCUGAAAUCACUACAGAUACCUCCAAAUGUACAGUCCUUGCUGAACCACAGAAAAACACUAAAAGUGUGCCAGUCCUAGUAAACACAACACAUGUUUUGAGUUGUGGAGAAAAAGGAGCAACUAUUCCUGGAGCAGAAUAUAAGAAGCAAGCAAACAGCAAAGCCAAGUCCCAGCGUAGUGCUCCAUUUCUAAGUAUUAGAAAUCUAAUUUCAGCCACAUUUCCUGCCCGCUUGCGCCGGGAGACAGAUGAGCGUCGUGCACAGCUCCAGAAAGUGAGGCAGUAUGAAUUAGAGUUCCUUGAGGAGCUUCUAAAGCCUAAGGCAUCACAGGGAGAGUUCCUGUCCCAGGGGUCAUCUCCCAUCCCGUCAGGCACUCCAUGUUCAUGCCAGCUGCGCACUAGCCCAGUGCAGAAAGUCCCUGGCAUCUCACGAGAGCAGAGACGUAGCUGUGACUGCAAGAGGAUGUGUAGAGCAAUGCGCCUCCCUGAUACUCCAGUAGGUUCUACAGUGGAGCACAGAGGCAGAGAGAGAACCAUCUCCAAAACGCCCCCCAAAUCUCCACACAUUCAAGGGACUCCUACACAACCUCAAACUUUGGAAAUCAAAACCACACGAAUCCGUUCCACAAGCCUGGAGUCAAGAGAACUCAGUGAUACACACACGUCCUGUUUACCUACAUGCACGUCCCAUUCAGAAUGCACUGGAGCCCCACAGUACAAAAAACUACAAAGACGAUAUAGCAUAGGGGAAAUUGAAAACGACAGCACACCCCUUUAUGCUGAGGUUAAAUCAACCAAAGCAAAAAGCCUAGAGAAGGAAAUGGAAAGAGUUAGGGCUACAGGCCUACGACUACCUACUCCAGUAGAACCCAUUCAUACUCAAGGUGGGGAUUCCAAAAAGAAAGGAGUAUUCUUUAUCCAGGGUGAAGAACUUGUUCGUCAGGGUCGAGACGGAACUACCGAGGUUCUACUUGGCUUAAGUGAAGAGAAUGAGGACAGGGAAAAAUGUUGCUCCUUUUGUUUCUGUUAUCGCAAGUGUGAGGCUGCUGAUGAGAGCAGUGAAAAAGAUGAACUUUCGUAUUCCAUUCCCCUACAGGUCUUGCCAGGUAUGCAGCUAGAUUCAAGAGCUAUGCCAGUUGUCAGCAAGACUUUGCAGGUACUUGAUGCUGAGGACUGCAGUGGAGAGGAAGAAGAAGAGGAGGAGGAACCUCAAACACAGGAGAUUGACUUACGGUCCUGUGGCAAUUUGGAAACGAGCAUGGCACGAGUGCAGACACUGCAGGGAAAAACUUUCUGUUUACCCGAUGGUUUCCUAAAUGCACAACUUGAUGCUAAUGAAUUGCUUUCUAUUUUACGGCAGUGUGCCAACAGUGCCCAGAUAGAGGGUGAACCGCGCAUGCCUCCAGCAAAGUUGGUGGAAUACAAGCAAGAACUUGCAGUCCGCUUCAAAGAGUUCAGGGCCUCAUGUAGACGAGUGGCAAGUGUUGAGAAAAGUCCUUCACGAAUGUUAAGUGCCGUCACAGCCAGCUUCGAGGUGUUGUGCAGCCUAACUCAGACGUUCAUACGGUUGGUACGAGGCGUACGAUCUGAAGCCCAAAGGUUACAGCUCUUACGAAAGGUAGAAGAGGUUGCAGUGAACUACACUCUGCUACUCCGGGCUGCUGAGGAGGCAAUGGGACAUUCGUGCAGCUUGCCAACAAAAAGUGCAAGUCUCCCCACCUCCACCAACAUGGGCUCUCUUACUCGUUCCAUCAAAACCUUGCCCAGCAAGUAACACACUUUUUGCACAAUAUAUCACUUAAGGUAACUCAACACUCUUGGAUGAUCUACUGUAUUUCUUUCUUUCUUUCUUUUUUAACAAUUCUUACAUCCAUGUCUACCAAAUUACAUAAAACUCCAUGACAUGUUUACAGAAUUGUGUCAGCACCAAGUUGCUUAACAGUACAGAAAACAAAGGACCUCUGACUGCUUGCACUCUGUGCCAAGGACGGAGAACAAUAGUACCAUCCUUUGCCCUCUGCUGUAUGGAUGAUCAACAGGGCUACACACUAGAAACUUACACAGACAUUAUCAUUUUCAAAAGACUGAAGUUUUUUGUUUUUUUUAACCAUUAUAAUUGUUUAUAUGUUUAAAUACAUGCAGUAUUAAAUUACCAUGUAAAAAUGAAAACAAAUAUUGCAGAGGAAUAUUAAAUUAUUAAAUAUAUGCCUGGGGCAAAAAUAUUGCAGAGAAAUGUUAAGUAGCAGAUUCUGUGAAUUAGAUAGUGAAAGCGAUGGUUAUUUGAUGUGCUUGUUUGUAAAAAAAACUUUUGAAUGUUGUGAUAUGAGAUUUAAGUAUUCCCUUGUUGCAAUAUCAUAUUUUGAUCUAUUUGGAAAGAGAAGUAAGUAGAAACAAAUGCUCAUCAACACACAAUGCCCACUCAGAAGGUGGUGGAACAGAACACCGGCUCAGGGCAGACAAUGUAGCAGAUAUCCAAAUUCGCUAUUUACAAAAAAAAAUUCCUUUCUGUUUUCAUCAUACAUCACUGAGCUUGAACUCUCACCAGAAAUGAAUGAUGAAUAGAGCUACUCACUUCGGCAUGCACAAAACACCGCACUUUCACCGUCACGUAAAAUAAACUUUUCACCACACCUUUGAUAGUUUUAGAAAGAACAGUGUGAUCAUGAAAAUCUACGAGAUUCACCGGCAAUUUAUUUAUGAAAUCAACUCCAUGCUUGUAUUGAAAACUUAUCUAUACAUGUAUAGGUGUUAUUAUGGCUAAAAAAAAAAAAAAAGUUUCCAGUUUCUUGACGUUUAAUCCUCUCCUCUACAUCAAACUUGAAAUCACUUUGAAUUUCCAUGUGGUCAUUGUGCACUCCAGAGUAUAUUAAAGAAGCCCAAAUAAGAGCUUUUCUAUAUUUUAAUAAAAUCAACAGCCUUUUUCUGUCUGAAAACUUCUGUCUCCUGCUCUUGCAAUUUAUAGUCUGAAUAAUAUAAACCAUACCUCUCGUAUA